AUGUUAUUUCGACUGUUAAUAACUGCGCAACUGUUGCAGUUCUGCCUAACCAGCUAUAUUGCUGAUAAUUGGUCGCCAAGCAUCAGUAAACAUUAUGACUUUCCAGUGAUACAAUAUUUGGUGCAGACAUCAGAAAAAGUAAACAAUGAACCAUUUCCGACUUACCGUGUCAUUACACCAUCAAAUAUUACCAAGGCUGCACCAGUGGAUGUCAAACCAAGCCGUACAAUUAUUGCUAAACAGCUAAAUUCGACGAUACAUUUGGCCGAAUUUCAGAUAUCAUCGGUUGAGGCAACACCAAUAGCUGUUCAUGAACCAGUUAAAAUAACUUCAUCAGAAGAUACAAUCACCGGACCAUACGAUGAUAAGAAUUACAUGUUAGCAAGAGAGCAGAAAAUGAAAAUAUAUGGUAAGCAGCAUAGCAUUGAAGUUUUCAAGCGUCGUGUGAAAAAAAUGGCAGUUCCUCCAAGUAAUGCACCAGAAGCUGGGAAUCCAUAUGCUCCUGCCACUACUAACUAUGAAAACGAAGUUCCAGCGCAUAAACCAUACGAAUCACAACAAUAUGGUCUGCAAAAAAAGCAAAGAUAA